ACAGGCAAGGGGCUCGGGGUCAGGGCUGCGUUUGCCCAGUCUGGUACCCCUGUAUGCCCGGGGUUGGUGGUGAAGAAGCAGGGGAUGCAGAAACCCCUGGAUUACUCUGGGAAUUGGGAGCCUCCUCCGCCCUGACCUCUCGUCUUUUCAUAAUUUCUCACAGGUGUCUGAGUCAAGGCAAGUGGACCCCACCCUCCAAAUCUGAUGCAGGAUUCCUGGUCUUUAAGCCUGAACUGAUCUCUCGACUGGAGCAAGGACAAGAGCCAUGGGUCCUUGACCUACAGGGAGCAGAGGGGACAGAGGCACCAUGGAUUUGCCAGACAGAUUCUACUAUUAGAACCAAUCACAAGCAGACCUGUGAGUACAUGAAGAUUCCCAAAAAGCAGAUUCCUGCCUUUGGAGACAAUUUGGAUUCCACGAUCUUGUCAGAGAAUGGCUCGAAUAACCUUGGACUAGGAGUGAGUGGCUCCCUUCUCCAGAAACAUCAUAUCAACAAUGAGACUAUGGCUCCCCAGGACACUGUCCAGGAAUGCAAGGAGCUACAGGCCACUGUUCUGGGUUCUCAGCCUGACGAACAGAGAGACAGUGUGAAAGAGACAUCAGAAAACUGUGAAGAGUGUGGUAGAGUCUUUAAACCAACUCUGAACCUGGCUCCAUAUGUGGAAGUGAGUGGACAGGGAAAAGCAUACAGAUGUCAAGAGUGCCGAAAAAACCUAGCUGACUGCUUAGAGGAGACGCACACAAGUAACUGCCUUGGGAAGAAGCGUUAUGAAUGCAAGGAAUGUGGGAAAGUCUUCAGGCUGUGCUCACAACUCAACCAGCAUCAAAGAAUCCACACCGGAGAGAAACCAUUUAAGUGUGUUGAUUGUGGGAAAGCUUUCCGUUUGAGCUCAAAACUGAUUCGGCAUCAAAGAAUCCAUACAGGAGAGAAGCCCUACAGAUGUGAGGAGUGUGGGAAAACCUUUGGUCAGAGCUCAAGCCUUAUCCAUCAUCAGAGAAUCCACACAGGAGAGAGGCCCUAUAGUUGUCAAGAGUGUGAGAAAGCCUUCAGCCAGCAAUCACAGCUGGUCAGACAUCAAAGGACUCACACUGGAGAGAGGCCUUACCCCUGCCAGGAGUGUGGCAAGGCCUUCAGCCAGAGCUCAACUCUAGCCCAGCAUCAGAGGAUGCACAGUGGGGAGAAAUCUCAAAUGCCAAGAACUUCAGGGAACUCAAGCCUCAUUGCCCACGAGGGAAAUCACACUGUAGAGAAGCCAUUCAAGUGUGAGGAAUGUGGCAAAGCUUUCAGGUGGGUGUCUCGCCUGAGCCAGCACCGGCUGAUCCACACCGGAGAGAAACCUUACAAGUGCAACAGGUGCACCAAAGCCUUUGGUUGUAGCUCCCGGCUCAUUCGCCACCAGAGAACUCACACAGGGGAAAAACCGUUUAAAUGUGAUGACUGUGGGAAGGGCUUUGUCCAGGGCUCCCAUCUUAUCCAGCAUCAGCGAAUCCACACCGGGGAGAAGCCUUAUGUGUGCGAUGACUGCGGGAAGGCCUUCAGUCAGAGCUCCAGUCUCAUUUAUCACCGGAGGAUCCAUAAGGGAGAGAAGCCGUAUGAAUGCACGCAAUGUGGGAAAGCCUUCAGUAUGAGCACACAGCUCACCAUCCACCAGAGGGUUCACACCGGGGAGAGACCCUAUAAGUGUAACGAGUGUGGAAAAGCCUUCAGUCAAAAUUCAACCCUUUUCCAACACCAGAUAAUCCAUGCUGGAGUGAAGCCCUAUGAGUGCAGUGAGUGUGGAAAGGCCUUCAGCCGGAGCUCAUACCUCAUUGAACACCAGAGGAUCCACACUCGAGCCCAGUGGUACUGUGAAUUUGGAAACACGGUUGAAAGUAACACUUUUUUGAAUUCUAAAAAAGUGAACACUGUAAAGAAAUUGCACCAGUGUGACGACUGUGACAAGAUUUUCAGGUGGCGCUCACACCUCAUCAUACACCAGAGGAUCCACACAGGAGAGAAGCCUUACACAUGUAACACUUGUGGCAAAGCUUUUAAUCGGAGCUCCAGGCUCACUCAGCACCAAAAGAUUCACAUGGGAUAAAUCAUUCACCUAAGUGUCUUGGUCACUUCUCUAUUGCUGUGAUGACACUACAGGCAAAGUAAAUUUAAAAAGUUUACUUGGGGUUUACAGUCCUAGGGCGCAUUCAUGGCUAUCACGGUGGGGGCAGAGCAGCAGACAGGCAGGUAGGCGUGGUGUUGGAGUAGUAGCUGAGAGCUCACAUCUUGAGACAGUUACUAAGCAGAGAGGACUAACUGGGAAUGGAGAGUCUUUUGAAACUCAAAGCUCACCCCCAGUGACACACCUCCUUCAAGACCACGCCUCCUAAUAAUUCCCAAACAGCUCCACCAACUGAGGGCCCAGUGUUCACACAUACGAGCCUAUGGAGCCGUUCUCAUUCAGACCACCACACUAUAAAUAUGUAACUGAAUAAACCUGAAGCCUUAUUUUAUUUGAGUAAUUUAUGCUAACAGAAACUUGAGACUGCUGGGGGAGAUUCAGAUUUGUUCUCAAAAAAUAUUCUACUUAUGAAAAUAAUGUUUUGUUUCUGGAAUGUUUGGCAUUCACCCAUUAAAUAAAGUC